AUGGCCGUCCUUCCGAAAUCUUCGUUCAUUCUACCAAGAGAGAAGAAGAUACCUGAGAAGAAAGAACCGACGAAAUGGAGAAAUAUGCGGCAGAAGAAGGUGUUUGAUGAAGCAACGAAAGAAUGGAAGCCAACAUAUGGCUACAGAAGAGGAAAUGAUAAUACCAAGGAUUGGCUGAUAGAAAUUCCUGACAACGCUGGUGAGUGUUUGUUUUGGUGUGGUGCUCACAGUGGAGUUGAGGGGUGA